UCCCUCGUGUCACUCGGUCCUCUGCAUCCCAGGCAGAGGUUUAUAAACCUUGUAUCCCAGCCGAUCCCUGUGUGCCCUGGGUUGAGAACUGCUGCCGAGGAGGGCGGCCCCUCUCCUGUCACCUGGAAGCUCCCACCCCAGGACAGGAGAGCACCUGAGCCCUGGGAGUGGGGCACGUCACCGCGGAGAGGAGAGAAGCGCCCCAUCAGGGAGAGGUCCCUGGGCAGCGUUCCUGACCUGCUGACCGCAGCCGGGCCUUCCAUGUCUUCAGUCUUGAGCCAAAAUUCAAGCAAAGACUCUUCUUUCCUGUUAAGGAAACAGCUGGUGGAGGCGAAAGGGGGGCAGAACCACACCUCACACGAAUGUCCUCAGAGGUGGCAGUGAGGGGGAGUCACCUGAGGUGACGGGGACUGCAUUCCCCCUUAAUAUCUUGACUUGAUGAAUGGAAAUUUAACCUCAAUUGGGAAAAACACAGGAGAGCACAAAGGAGGAGGAGAAGCCCACUGCCGCUUCUGUCACCUAGUACUCUAGUAUUCUGUCACCUAGGAUUGCCACUUCUGUCACUUAGUAUUGUCCCUUAAUUUUUAGUAGCUGCAUAAUGUUGACAUGUCUAGGUGAGCCAGCCCCCCAGUUCUUCAGUGCUGUGACACCGGGGCAAACACCCUGCCUCAGACUCUAGCACAGAUUCACACGGUGCAACCCUGGCGAGCGCGGGGUGUCUCGGUCCCCAGGAGGAGGAUCCGCGGAAGGCUCUCCCGCUCGGACACGGAUACUCUCUGCAUACUCUCCCAGUGUUAAGGUGCAUUUCUAAUGGCGGGUUCCUAGAACAUGGACCCGUGUCAUGGCACCACAGAAACUCAACUCUUGGGUGCUUUUUUCCUCCAACAAGAGGAAUGGCCUGCUAGCUAAUGGGUAGAGAACAAAAGGGCUGCUAACUCAAGACAGGCUGGAGGAUGGCAAGAAAGUGUGGUAGCUGAAGAUGUGACUGGCAGAUGUGAUCUUUAAUCCUUGAGCAUUCUGAGGAAAUGGGAAAGGCGCCAAAGUCAGAAGAGGGAUGUCUAGGGCUUCAAAAGAAGGCAGCGAACCCCAAGUUCCCCAGCCCUUGCAGUCUCCCACGGCCUCUUGAGUGCAAGGUGCUUCAGGGUCUGGGGGAGCAUGAGCAGCUUUCCAGGGGCCACAGCGAUAGAUGUGUCUUCCCCCACCACGUAGUUUUGCAGAGGCCCCAGUCAUGGCAACCCUGUGGGGUAUAGAGCCGCUCACCGUUCUGCUGGUGGAAGGAUGGGGAGCUAGUACAGGGUCUGACCAGUUUGUCCUCAGGAUUUGCUCCCUGCACAGCCCCCGCAGUAAAGUCCCUGAUAAGAGGCAGGACAGAGCUGGGGAAGGGGGCCCCACCAGCAUGCUCACAGGCUGCCUGACCUCCCCGCUCCCUUCUCUGAGCCUCAGUGACCCUCAUCCUUGAAAUGGGAGUUCUGGGCCCCCGUGAGCAUAGUGCCUCGCAUGUGGGAGCCCUAGAGUGACCAGCACAGUGGCUGUCCUCUGCGGCCUGGAGGGGACCCGACUUACGCCUCGUGAACUGGCAGCCUCCUGAGACUCUGUUCCGUGUGGACUCUGCGAGCUGCCUGUCAUCAUGGCCCAAAGCCAAGUACAGCAGCUGGGUUGCUGCUCCUCCUCUCUUCCGGUUUGCUCUGCCCCUCCCCCUGCCUGGGCAGCACAAAGCUGACUAGAAGCAAAUUCCUGGCCUGGUGCUGGGCAGGAAUGGCUGCAAGGGGCCCAGGUCUCAGCAGGGCCUUGGGUGCUUCUCCCUGCCUGGCUUGGAGGCGAGCUCACUGGGGAGCCAAGGGACGCCUGAAGCCUGAGUACGAUGCCGUGGUGAUAGGAGCAGGACACAACGGGCUUGUGGCUGCGGCGUACCUGCAGAGACUGGGGGUAGACACAGCGGUCUUCGAGAGACGUCCUGUGAUCGGGGGUGCAGCUGUCACAGAGGAGAUCAUCCCAGGGUUUAAAUUCUCUCGAGCAUCCUACCUUCUCAGCCUGCUGAGGCCGCAGAUUUACACUGACCUGGAGCUGAAGAAACACGGGCUGAAGGUUCAUCUUCGAGACCCCUACUCCUUCACCCCAGUGCUGGAAGAGGGCUUGGGGAACAAGGUGCCCAGGUCCCUUCUUUUGGGCAUGGACAUGGCGGAAAACCAGAAGCAGAUUGCCCAGUUCUCACGAAAAGAUGCCCAGGCCUUUCCCAAAUAUGAGGCGUUCAUGAAUCGCAUGGCAUUAGCCAUUGAACCUCUGCUGGACGCAGCCCCCGUGGACACGGAGGCCUUCCACAGGGGUUCCCUGCUGCAAAGGCUCCAGGCGCUCUCCGCGCUCAAGCCCCUGCUGCAGGCAGGUCGCGUGCUGGGAGCCCAGCUGCCCCAGUAUUACCAGGUCCUCACAGCUCCAAUUACAAAGGUGCUGGAUCAGUGGUUUGAGUCCGAGCCCCUAAAAGCCACUCUGGCCACAGAUGCUGUGAUCGGAGCCAUGACAAGUCCCCACACUCCGGGGAGCGGGUAUGUGCUGUUACAUCACGUGAUGGGGGGCCUGGAGGGCGUGCAGGGGGCCUGGGGCUAUGUCCAGGGUGGCAUGGGUGCCCUCUCGGAAGCCAUCAUGAGCUCAGCCACGGCACACGGAGCAAGCGUCUUCACUGAAAAGACAGUGGCGAAAGUGCUGGUAAGCAAUGAAGGGCGCGCCCAAGGAGUCGUGCUGCAGGAUGGCUCGGAGGUGAGGAGCCGAGUGGUGCUGUCCAACGCUUCCCCGCAGGCCACCUUCCUGAAGCUGACACCGCAGGAAUGGCUUCCUAAGGAGUUUGUGGAGAGGAUCUCCCAGCUGGACACCAAGUCACCUGUUACCAAGAUCAAUGUGGCUGUCGACAGGCUGCCUGACUUCCUGGCGGCCCCCAAUGCUCCCGGAGGCCAGCCACGGCCCCAUCACCAGUGCUCCAUCCACCUGAACUGUGAAGACACACUCCUCCUCCACCAGGCCUUCCAAGAUGCCGUGGAUGGCCUGCCUUCCCACAGGCCUAUGAUUGAACUCUGCAUCCCUUCCGCGCUGGAUCCCACCCUGGCUCCCCCCGGCUGCCAUGUCAUCUCCCUCUUCACUCAGUACACUCCCUACACACUGGCCGGAGGCAAGGUGUGGGAUGAGCAGGAGAGAAGCGCCUAUGCAGACAAAGUGUUUGAUUGCAUCGAGGCCUACGCCCCUGGCUUCAAGAGCUCAGUGGUAGGCAGGGACAUCCUCACACCACCUGAUUUGGAGAGAGUCUUCGGGCUUCCUGGAGGGAAUAUCUUCCACUGCGCCAUGACCCUGGACCAGCUCUACUUCGCCCGCCCUGCGCCCCUGCACUCCAGCUACCGCUGUCCCCUCCGGGGCCUGUAUCUCUGUGGAAGCGGCGCCCACCCGGGAGGAGGCGUCAUGGGAGCCGCUGGACGCAAUGCAGCCCAAGUUGUCUUCAGAGACCUCAAGAGCAUGUGACCCUGAACCAACUUUGACCUUGAGAUUUUAAGUCCCUGUGGGGUUAGCAUCCAGGAUACAGCUGGAGACCAACAAGCCCUCGUGCUCAAGCCACAUACAGGUUACGUUUGACACUUGUUAAUCUUGCACCCCUGACUUCCUAGAUGGACUGGUGGUGUUUUAUUAAAAACAGGGUCUUAUAUAGAUAGUUUGUGGAUUUUCUUCUAUAUAUUUUCUAUGUACUGGUAGAUAUUUGCAUUUUUUCUACAUCUUAGCUUUUUCUAUGUGUUAGUCAGUGCACAUGACUAUGUAGUAAUGGGUGGGAUAAGCUUGUCUGGGGUACUCAGCCUUUGCACAUCGGCUCUAAGCAGUCCAAAGCUCAAGGCUUCAAUGCAAGCAUCUCUCCUCACCCCUGGGUCCCACUACCAGCUGGACCUGGGGACAGCCCUGGGGAGGUCUCAUCUGCUGCUGUCCCACUCCUGGAAAACUGAAAGAAAUGACCCAGUUCCCUGACGGGACACAAAGCCAUAUAGGGGCCAGGGGUCCGAGUGAAAUUUGGCAUCUCAAGCCAUCAAAAACACCGUCAGGCAGCAGCAGUCAAGGGUAAGGAUGAAGUGCGUGCAGGUGAGGGCCACGUGGGAGCUCACGUUCCUGGUUCAAGAGGAAUCACACCCAUGAGCUACACCUGAUGCAUCAGUAAACCCCUCAGUUGGAAACCUGUGUUAUUCUCAAGUGAGCUGGGUCGUCACUCUUGACCAGAAAGAUCCACACAGAUGCCCCAUAUGCCACGCAGCUCUCCACCCUGCUUCUCAAUUCCAGCAGCCAGGGCUGCUGCGGUCCAGGGGGGCCCUGUCGGGGGCAGGGAGGCAGAAGGUUCCCUGGGCGUCUCCUCCCUCCCCUACCCAGGAAGACUUGCACAGAUCAGGAUAUAACCAUCUCAUUACUUAAUCGUGCUCAACUCAGAUUUUUCAUCUGCACAGGAGAUGCCUCAAAGAUCAAACAAGACAACAGGUCAUGCCUUGGUCCCAGAUCAGGUGCACGAUCGGCAUUCAGUGCAGGCGGCAGCCCGGCUGCUAAGCCUGUUGGUGAAGGCGUUGCUGUUGGGUUUGCAUUCUGCAGAAGGCGGGCUCUUCCACGCUCUUUUUCUAACCUGGCACCCAGAACUGAAACCAGCCGGCUAGUGGUAGCAUGACUAUGGCAGAACAGAGUGAUCUUAAGAGAUCGCGGAGCUUUUUCCAGAAGAAUGGCUGCCAGGCUACGGUCCCUGUUUAGUUCCAGCACAAGUGACCUUAUUGGAAAUCUGGUUCUGGUCUGGGUUCUGAGAUACACUUUUCUCACUUGCCCUCAACCCCUCACAGGUUUCUUCCAGGGCCCCCCAGGGCAGUGCAGGGGUUGGGAGGACAGGGAAGUGUUUGGAAGACAGGGAGGAAGAAGCAUGUGGGGUUGAGGGCAAGUGCUGGCUGAAAUCCGUAGUCAGACGGGCCCUCAUUCUCUGCAAAGUCAGUUGCCUUGUGGAUGUCUCCCCUGGUCUCAGCACACCCCGUUCCCAACACAGGCCUGCCGAGAGCAGAGCUGAAGAACAAAUAGGACCCAGCCUAAUCCCCGCAGGCCUGGGGCCCAUCACAUCUGAUCUGGUGUUUCAGAGUGUCAGUGCUUGGGUGGGGGAGGGGGCAGAAUAAAAGUCAAAAAGCUUAUAGGAUGUAGGAAAACUUUUAAAUGUAAUAAGAACAUAAAAUGCAAACAUAAUCCUGCCUGCAGAGAAAAUCACCAUUACUGUUUACACAUUACUGUUUACACUACUUCCAGAUAGUCUUUUAGAUAAUUUGGAUGAAGAUCUGUAUUCUGAAUGUGGGCUUUACAUCUUCAUUUAGUUUUAAUUCAUGUUGUGAGCAUUUUUCAGUCAUAAAAAUUCAUUAAAAACAUUUUUAAUAUCUGUCUAAUAUUCUCUUAUAAGGACAAUGAUGGGACAUUGAGUUUAUCCUUGGCCUUGAUUGCUAACUAGCACCAGCCAAAGGCUAGAAAGAGUAGCUUUCUGCAUCUGCUUCCACUUGAGUGAUUCACAGCUGCUGCCCAGGCAAACACCCCUUCAUGGGGGCAGAACUCAGAGGACACAUGGAAAGAAGGGAAAGAGAAUUCGUUUCCCACUGUUUGGUGAUUUCCCGUCUCUGGGAAGAUAACAUUUGGUCCAGACCAAGAGAUACAAUCGAUGGACCGGAUUCCGCACUAUGGGGUGCCUUCGCUCCUACGAGCCCCCAGCAGCACCCCUCCCCCAGCCCUGGCUGAGCAAGGGGGACUGAACUUUCCCUAAGUGCUGACUGCAAAUUGGCCGUGGAUCGGGCAAUGGGUCCCUUGUUGAGUUCAGAAUGUGAAACUCUUACAAGGAUAAAUAAGUCAGUCCCGUAUUGUUACCUGAUUUACUGUUGCCCAUUUCCCCAGAGCGGUGGGGGACACUUCCUCUGAGGCACAACUGUGUAAAAACCCAAAGCGUGUGUGAACCUCACCUGUUUAAGUCAUUAGGUCACAUGGCCAGCCCCUCCUACUCGGAAGGCCCCUGGGUGAUGGUGUCCACAGUCCGUGUGAGAAGUGAGGUUUAUAGCCCUGGGGGGAGUUCGGGGGUCCUCGCUGGAGGAAUGACAGAUGUGGCUGGCCGAGCCACCUGCGGGCCUUGGGAAUGUGCGAUUUUCUGUCACAUGUUCUGUUUGCAAGCAUUUAGGAAUGCAGAGUUUUCUAUGGGACAUUGAUACUACAUCGGUGGCAAAAGCAGAGAUGAGACUUGCCUGCAGCAUUCUGUGGGGGAGUGCAAAAACAUCAAAUAAAAAGGAACGUGAAAUGCAAACGAGGAGAAACUCAGGGAGAGCGAAUCUGAAAAAAAAUUUAACCUCACCAGGAAUCAGUGCAAUGCAAUUAUAACUAAACUAUCAUUUUUUGCCUAUAAAGCUGAGAAAAGUUAUUAUAAUAGAAAAUCGCCAGUGUGAGCAGAGAGGAUACUCACGUAUUGUUGGCAGCGGCAUAAAUUUGUAUUUGAUGAGAAACAAAAACCAACAUCCAAAAGGCAACCUAUUUGGUGGGUGACUCAACAUCUUGGCCUGUAGCCUAAGGAAAAUGUCAGAGAUGCCCCCAAAGAUUUAGGCACAAGCAUAUGCAUGAAGUGUUACUGCCAAUGGCAAAAUACUGAAAGCAGCUUAAAUGUCCCCAAAUAGAGAAUUAGUUAAAAGAAUCAUAAUAGGGGCACCUGGGUGGCUCAGUCAUUAAGCGUCUGCCUUUUGGCUCAGGUCUUGAUCCCAGG